GUGUGAGCCAAACAAUAAAAAGAAGAAGUACUGAUUAACACACAUAUUCGUUGAGGUUACAUAAACGUCAGAUACAACAUACAACAUUAAUUUAUGUAAACAAAGGCGAAAUUACGUUUACAGUUGCAUAUAAAUUGUUUAUCUAAAAUGUGGGCAUCAUUAUUGAACAUUGUUUCAUUGUGAAAACUAGCAAAAUUGUCAUUGUCUACAGCAUGACUGAAACGAUUUUUCCACUUGGUGGUUACAUUUUGUUGAACAAUAAUUUAAGGAAAUCCCUCCUGCAAAAGUAUAAGUUCAGUUUAAUAACAUUGACGUUAUGUUUGGGCUUAUUAUUUCUAUGUAUUUUGUACAUAUUGAGUAUUGGAAUUGGUUAUAGGGUAGUUUAUCCAAGUGACUUUGCACCUGAAGAUGUGCCAAUAUCUUGGAUCAGACGAGCUAUAGCAUACAAUGCCUUAGACAAAGCAGAGUACAAUGGGGAUGAUUUUAUCAAAUUACAACCAAAUUUAGACCUUAUUGAUAAGUAUAAGUUAAUAUGUUAUUAUAACUUUCCCCUUGAUGCUAACACAACAAAUGAGUACCUCAAACCAGAGGAGCUGGACCCGUAUAUGUGCACUCAUAUAAAUGUAUGUUUUGGCAGUAUUGUUAAUUGCACAAUUUUUAUACCUGAAUCUCAAGUUACUUUUGUGGAAAGUAUCAUUAAUUUGAAGGAAAAGAACAAAGACCUAAAAAUUAUUCUAUCUAUUGGUGGGGCUUCUGAUGAUGGUGGCUUUCCUGAUAUGGUUUUGAAUCACAGAAACAGAAAAAAAAUACGUUUUAGAUAUGUUGAUUACGUAAAUUUGAUGUCUUAUGAUUACCAUUUUUACACCAAAUCUACUCCAUUUACUGGUAUAAAUGCCCCAUUAUACGCAUCCCCUAAUCAAAUAGGAUAUUUUGCCACUUUGAAUAUUAACUACUCUGCAUAUUACUGGCAUUUCAAUGGAAUGGAAAAAAAUAAAAUAAUUAUCGGAUUACCCACAUAUGGUCAUAGUUACACUUUGAUGAAUAAUCAGAACACAGUAAUAGGCGCGCCCGCGAUAGGAUAUGGGCGUCUUGGAAUCCUUGGGUUUGUGGAUUAUAAGCAAAUGUGCACAUUUGUCACAGAAAAUAAAAUAAAACCUUUUUUUGAUAUGGACAGCAAAAGCCCCUAUGCUGUUAAAUAUUCGGAAUGGGUAUCUUAUGAUGAUACAGUGAGUUUAACGUUUAAGACUGAGUUUAUAAAAAAUAAUGAUUUUGGUGGAGCAAUGAUAUUUUCCUUAAAUAUGGAUGACCAUGUGGGUGUUUGCAAAAAAGAUCUUCCAAAGGGCACUCCCAAACGGUUUCCUCUUACCAAUACAGUUAAAAAUAUUUUAACCAUUGAUCAGAUGUGACUUAAUAUACGAAUUUUUUAAACUUACGAUUAGGAAUUGUUACUGAAGCAAGAAGUUGCUUUGUAUUAAGCUUUAAACUAAUAUUAAGCUGUUUCCAUAAACUCAGUAUUGUAAACUGUGUUAAGAAAAUGUUAAUCAGUA